UCCUCACUGAGACACAGAUCCACACAGAGCUUUACGAGACAAGAGCAAAUCCACAGAAAAGUGGCAAGUCACAAGAAAAGAGGAGGCGAGGCAGGAGAGGGGCCGGUACGCCAGAUGCUAUCACAUAUCAUCUCAAACAAGAGACACAAACGGAGAGACAGGAGGAGCACACAGCGGAGUAUUGUGCUUGGAAACAGCUGUUCGGCACAUCACUGACUUUCUACCUGCAGGACAAUGACAGAGGGAGCAGAAGUGGGAGUCGACCUCUCUCCAACCUCAGGGUCUGAGCAACAGGCUCCACAUUUUUUACAAGAUGUCAUCUUCCACGGCAAGUUUAAGCUGCUGAAGGCUCUGACCCCAGAGGAGAACACCCAGUGCCAACAUGGACUCUACUUCCAGGACGGUCAGCGGCGGGUGGACUACGUCCUCACCUACCAUGUGAAGAAGCCCGCCGGGGCCCGGUCCAGCCGACCGACGUCACACCUGCUCACUGAGAAUGCCGUGGCCCGCAGCUUUCGCCGUGGACGCAACGAGCAUCUCCGAAAUCACAAAGCACAGAAGGCCAAGGACUCUUCGUCUCUGCCAUCCUCCCCGGGGGCCGACGUGGAGCUGGGUCAUCCCGGAGAGGCUGUCAAUGGUCACGAGGAUCAAAAGAUGUUCAGGAGGGAGGAGUUUGAGGGGAAACUGAGAGACAUGGGGCUGGAGCUGGAGAAAGAUGAAGACGUGAGUUGACAUUUGUUCUUUUCUCUUAACUCCACCUUAAAUCUAUUAAGUAUAGUGUAAGUCA